AACAAUUUAACAGGAAAAUGGUUGCUUUAGCUGCUUAAAUGUUAAAAGUAUAAUAAAUAACAUCGAAUUUGCCAUGUUUCAGCUGCCAAACGCAAAGUCAAGUAACCAAAAUGCCAUUCACAUGUUUACGUUUUUGUCAGCUGUUGUGGCAAAAUGCGUUUGUUGUUACCCUGCCAGUGCUGUCCAAUGUGCGGUUGUGAUAAAACAAUAAAAAAAAAGAAAGAAAAGAAACACAAACGAAUUUACAUUGAGGCAUUAUAAUAUUAGUGCGCACUUUGAGAGCAACGGCCGUCAACAUUUUGUCACGACUAAAGCGCCCCAUUCAGCGCACACUGUUGAAAGUGCCGACGACAGGCAAUAGCAACAACAUGCACAGCUGUACGCUACUGCAGGAUGAGGCCAACUAUCAGCCGGACACGCUGGAUCUCAAUACAGAUGCGAAGGCGGCGGCCUAUUGGUUUCCCUGUUUUCGUGAGCUGGUAAACAAAUUCGCCAAACAGGCGGCCAGCAGCCAAAGGGACGACGACAGCGCCGAGCAGCGUGCGGCACAAUUUCAGGCCGCUUAUCUGCGCCAGCUGGAGGAGCAUCAGAAUAACAUAGCCAACAACAGCGGGAAGGUGGUUCUGGGCACCAGCGAGCUGCUCAAGCUGAACGAGACUAUGCUGCGACGCUUUGGCUUCACGGAUUCCUGGCUGCGCCAGAAGCAGCAGGAGAAUGCCUCGGCCAAGGCGCGUCUAAAGCAGCGUCUGCAGGAGAUCGAUGCCAUUGAGAACGAGGAUGCGCGCUGGACGGAACUGGUGCGCGGCGUGCUGGCGGGCAACAUGUUCGAUUGGGGCGCCCAGGCAAUAGCCAGCAUCCUGGAGCAGGAUAGCAAUUUUGGACUGCAUGCGGCACUAGAGCGCAUCGAACAGCGUCCCUGGCUAUUGGACAAUCUGGACGCAUGGCUGCAGCGCAUGCAUAUCACGGCCGCCCAGCCGCCACACAAAUGCGCCGUCAUCUUUGUGGACAACAGCGGCGUCGAUGUGGUGCUUGGCGUGCUGCCCUUUGUCCGCGAGCUGCUCAGGCGCGGCACCAAGGUGCUGCUCUGUGCCAACAGUGAACCCUCGCUAAACGAUGUGACCAGCCGCGAGCUGAGCGCGCUGCUGGACGACUGCGCCUGCCAGUGCAGCAUUUUGGAUAGCGCCUGGCGCUCCCGCCGACUGCUGGUCUAUGCGAACGGCCAGAGCGGUCCCUGCCUGGACAUGCGCACGCUGCCGCGUGAGCUGUGCGACGCCAUAGCUGCCAAUGAGACUGAUCUGCUUGUUAUCGAGGGCAUGGGCCGGGCGCUGCACACCAAUCUGAAUGCGCAGUUCGCCUGCGAGACCCUCAAGCUGGCCGUGGUCAAGAAUCGCUGGCUGGCCAAGUAUCUUGGCGGCGACAAGAUGUUUGCGGUCAUUUGCAAGUACGAGCAUAGCUAGUGCCAAGCCCAGACGAUUCAUUUGUUAUGCAAUGCAUUGUUUUCUUUUCUUUUUUCCAAUUAUUGUUAUUGUUUAAACCGAAGAAAGAAACAGCAAAGAAAAGGCAAGAUAAAUAUGAGAUUCAGCUUGUCGUGUCGGGUUGUCGCUAGUUAAGACUGUGGUUAGAGGUGCGUCUGUUCUAUAGAUUAGGGACAGCAACAGAACUGUAAAACUUAUUAAAUUUUUAAAGUAAUUAACAAACAAGAAUGUGUUUAAUUUAAAAGCAAAACAAUCAAUUUCAAAUGUCAUAACCAUAACAUGUACAAAUCAAACAAUUCGUAAUUAAACAAUUACACAAAUAACCAAUUAAUUAUGCUGUCAAUUUAUUGUAAUUGUAUUUGUUUAUUUAACUUUAUUGUUUACAAGCCAAGUUAUAUGUCAAUUAU